CUCUCCUUCUCCUCCUCCGGUGACUACACCCCGAGAGGAGGAGCGUAGUAAGCGUCAGGAAUCAGGAUCCUCAAUUCUUCAACUUAGCAUCUCGGCAGGACGUUUUUCUCCCGACGCAGCGCCGCGUCCGACGGGCACACGAAGAAGAAGAAGAAAAAAACUUCUGCGCCGGGGAAACGAGAGCGACGGACGGCGCACCGGAGACCGGGAGGGGGGUGGAGAGCACCGAGGAGCACCGCGCGAGACCGACCGCGGCGAGAAUCCACCCGACACCUAAGCCUCUCUUUAUUUAGUCACUUAUACUUUUUUUUUCCUUCCCCCCCUCCCUUCACCAUUGUCAUUCCGGAGGAGGGGGGGCGGGCAGCUGGUCUGCAGACACUCGGCUCUAUGCGCGCCGACAGCAGCGCGUGAGAAUUAUUCUUUUUUUCUUUAAAUAAAAGAAGAAGAAGAAGAAGAAGAAAAAAAAGGGGAGGAAAAGUGCGCAAGUUAAGUGGCUCCCCGACUCCGCCGGGCUCCAGAAGCGCCAUGGCGUAUCCUCAGGGCUACUUGUACCAGCCGUCCGCGUCCCUGGCUCUGUACUCGUGCCCGGCGUACAGCACCGGCGUGUUAUCGGGACCCAGAACCGAGGAGCUCGGGAGAUCCUCUUCGGGAUCCGCUUUUGCGCCCUAUGCCGGAUCUACCGCGUUCAGCAGCGGCGCGUCGCCGGGCUACAGCUCCCACUUGCCGUACAGCGCGGACGCGGCGGCGGCGGCGGCGGCGGCAGCGGCGGCGGCCACGUUCACCUCGUACGUGGUGAGUAAACUAAAGGGGUCUCCCUAUGACCACUCCACGGGCAUGGCCGGCUCCAUAGGAUACCACCCUUACGCAGCGUCCUUGGGCUCCUAUUACGGUGACCCGGCGUACCGCAAGAACGCGACGCGGGACGCCACCGCCACCCUGAAGGCCUGGCUGGGCGAGCACCGCAAGAACCCGUACCCCACCAAGGGGGAGAAGAUCAUGCUGGCCAUCAUCACCAAGAUGACCCUCACCCAGGUGUCCACCUGGUUCGCCAACGCGCGGCGGCGGCUCAAGAAGGAGAACAAGAUGACCUGGACCCCGCGGAACCGCAGCGAGGACGAGGAGGAGGACGAGAAUAUCGAUUUAGAGAAGAACGACGACGACGAGCCCAACAAGCCCACCGACAACAAGGGGGACUCCACGGACACGGAAGCAGAUCACAAGCUGCUUGACCCAGGGGACGCCGGCUGCGACCGGUUCAAAGAGGAGAGCCUGCAGGGCAGAGACUCGGAUCGGCCUCUGAGCGACUCGGAGCUCAAAGACCCGGAGGAGCGGACUACCGAGCUGCUGCUGCUGCUGCCGGACUCCGCCACCCCGACCACGUCGUCUCCCUCGGCGGGGCCCCGGGGGAGCCAGGCCUCCGCCUGCGCAGCCGCAGCCGCCGCCGCCGCUGCGCUGCAGCAGCAAGACAAGCCGUCGGACUUGAGCCUCGCGUCGGGUGCGGUGCCCAGCAACGUGACCUCGGUUAUCCACUCGCCGCCUUCGGCACCGAAACCCAAACUCUGGUCCCUCGCGGAGAUCGCCACGUCCUCGGACAGGUGUAAGAGCAGCAGCACCGGCGGCGGAGGCGGCGGCGACGCGCCACAGGCGUGCCCGGGUCUGGGUCAGAGCAACGCGUCUCCAUCGCGGUCCUCCCCGCAGUGCGCGCUCCCCAACAGCACGGUGCUCUCCAGGCCGCUGUACUACACCUCCCCUUUCUACCCGGGCUACACGAACUACGGUGGCUCUUUUGGACAUCUGCACGGGAGCCACGGCUCGGUGACCACGGGCUCCUCCUCGGCACAUUUCAAUGGAUUAAACCAGACUGUGUUAAGUAGAGCAGAGGCUCUGGUGAGGGAGAGCCAGAAAGUCAGAAGCCACACGCAGGUAGAUGUUUGUAAAGACUCCCCUUAUGAACUAAAGAAAGGUAUGUCACACAUUUAAUAUAUACUGGAUUCCUAUCCACUCACCCACGCUGGACUUUUAUUUUAUUUUAUUUAUUUAUUUUUUGUUCCUGUGGUUGCAUUAAGAAAAAAAAAAUUUAAUGGGGGAAAAAAGGAACAAUGAUGAAGCAAAUUCUGAGAACUGAGUUAUUUUCAGACAAAAAUGCUGAAUCUUCUAAAUUUUUUUAGUUUCUGAAUGGUGAAUCCUAAAAGUGUAAAGAGAAUAAUGGUCUUAAUCGCUGCAGCCGCCUAUAAGUCUAUUUGUAUUAAAGACUAACAUGUAUAUUUAAUGUAGCAUUUUUGUAUUUAAAAUGAACAACACACUAUCUUUGAAGUAAAUUAUGGAGAAAAAAAUAUAUAUAUGCUUGUGCAGAGAUUUCUUUUUUGGGAGGGGGGAGAGGGGGGGAGGGGGGUGAGGUGUGUCACAAAAAAAAGUGCUUCAAGGCCAAUUCAUCUCCACGAAAAAUGAAUUCAAUUGUGCACCGUGACAGAUGUUUCUAUGGUAUAUUAUCAUUUUUUUUAAAUGAGAGCUCAACUUGAAAGCACAGGCCUACAUUCAUAAAGCAUAAAGGGAUUUUUGGAAUAUCUGAACAAUAAAAGAGUGCAGUUUC